AUGACAACUGAGGGACCGCCUAGGAAUGAGGAGAUUUGGUGGUGGAACCCGGAGGUAGCAAAAGCUUUGGAUGAGAAACAGAGGUGCUUCAAAGAAUGGUAUAAUAGUAAAGAAAAUAAUGAACUGUGUUGUGCAAAGGUAGAAGACCCAGGGUGUAAAUUUGGCAAGGACGAAAUAAAAAGAGCAGAGAAAAAGAUGAAAAAAGGGAAGGCAUCGGAUUUAACGAUGGUGGUAUCAGAGAUGUUUAAAGAUUCUGAUGACUCGGAGAUUGAAUGGUUAAUGGAUUUAGUCAAUCAAAUUGUCGCAGAGGAACUAUUCCCGAGAACUGACGUAGAAGUAUUUGAGAGGGCGUUAGAGAAGCGGAUAAGGAAACAAACUAAAAUGGAUGAAAUGCAGUUUGGUUUUACAUCGGGGAAAGGCACGACAGAUGCAAUUUUUAUGACCAAAUUCCUGCGUACGCGGUGCCGCUCGAGGGUACUAGAUGGGCUUGAAAAAAUCAGGUGUGGAGGAAUGGUUGGUUAUGGCAGUGAUUGCAAUGUAGCGGGAGCACACACUGCAGUACGGAUGGAUGAUGAAGAUAGUGAAAGCUUUAAAGUGAAGAUAGGACUUCAUCAAGGAUCCGUGUUGAGUUCAUUAUUAUUUAUCUUAGUAAUGGAUGUGGUGGCUAGAGAAAUGCAUGAAGGACUUCCCUGGGAGCUAUUAUUUGCAGAUGUUGUAUUAAUGGCAAACAGUGAGAGAGAAUUGAGGGAUAAAAUUAGUCAAUGGAAGAUGGCUAUGAAAGCAAAGGGCCUGGAAAUGAAUGCAGCAAAGACAAAGGGAUAA